GAUCAAAGAUCGUGCGAUGAUGAUUCCGGUAGUAGAUUUUACAAAUUACGCGUCAUAGCUAUUGAAGAAUCCAACCUAUAAUUUAAUAUUGAAAGUUUUAUCGUUGUGUCCGUGUGUACUCUAUAAAAUGAACACGUUAUCGUGUUGGAUAUUAAUAAUAAGUGUAUUGGAAUUCGUAGCAGCAGAAUGGAACACAAAAGAUUAUAUGAAACGAGAACAUUCCUUGAUCAGACCAUAUCAUGGAUCUGGAAUGAUAAUACCCUAUUGGGAUUUUAUGGGAAGUACAAUGGUAACAAGUAACUAUGCAAGGCUGACACCAGACUCACAAAGUAAACAGGGUGCCAUAUGGAAUUCCGUUCCAUGUCAUAUAAGAAAUUGGGAGCUUCAGGUUCAUUUUAAAGUUCAUGGAAAAGGAAAAGACUUAUUUGGUGAUGGUUUUGCUAUUUGGUAUGCAAAAGAAAGAAUGAAAACAGGUCCUGUCUUUGGAAAUGAAGAUUAUUUUCAAGGAUUAGCUAUCAUUUUAGAUACAUACAGUAAUCAUAAUGGCCCACAUAAUCAUCAACAUCCUUAUAUUUCUGCCAUGGUUAAUAAUGGUUCUUUGCAUUAUGAUCAUGAUCGUGAUGGAACACAUACUCAAAUUGCGGGUUGUGAUGCAAACUUUAGAAACUUGGAACAUGAUACCCAUAUUAAUAUACGAUAUGAAAGAGAUACAUUAACUGUUUCUACAGAUUUUGCAAAUAAAGCUGCAUGGAAGGAAUGUUUUUCUGUAAAAGAUAUAAAGCUGCCUACUGGAUAUUAUUUUGGAAUUUCGGCAACAACGGGAGAUUUAUCCGAUAAUCAUGAUAUAAUAUCUAUUCGUUUAUUUGAAUUAGAUUUACCAGAUGAUCCUGAAGAUCAAGAAGAUAGAUCAAACAUUUUACCGUCGGCUGCAUAUUUUGAUGCACCUCGAGAACAUGUAAAUGAUCCAAAACAAUCUGCGUUAAGUAAAAUAAUGGUUUUCCUUUUAAUGCUCGUGGGCGCGCUUACAUUAAUCGCCUGUGUAGUAAUAGGUAUCAUGUUUUAUCAAAAGCAUCAAGAAAAUAGUAGGAAACGUUUCUAUUAAAUCACGAUGCGUUACAAAUUAUCCUACUUUGAAUUUAUCGUUUCUAUCGGAAAUUCUUUUUAUAAAAAAUAAAGUGUAGUCAUAACGUGUUCAUAA